CUCAGCUGCGUGGCCGAAGCAUCCUCGCGCCCCAGACCUCUCCAGGUUCCUGUGUUUAUUUCUCGACGGGACCGUUGAAAGGCACUAAAAUAAACUCCAGUUUAACUCGACUCUCAUAUGCGGUCUCCAAAACCAAGACGACGCUGCAUUUGUGCUACCAAGUGCCAUGGCUAGAAAGACGGACACCCGCUCAUCUUACUAUGGUGAGCCGUGCAACUUUGACCCCACCUUCAGAGGGCCUGUUCACAACAGGAGCUGCACUGAUGUGGUUUGCUGUGUUAUCUUCAUCGCUUUCAUCAUCGGCUACAUCGCGCUGGGUACUGUGGCCUGGAUCCAUGGCGACCCCAGGAAGGUCGUCUAUCCAACCGACAGCCGUGGUCAGUUCUGUGGGCAACAGAACACCCCCAAUGCAAACAAAGCCAAAUUAUUCUACUUCAACAUGUUGAAAUGUGCCAACCCUGCAGUUUUGAUUAACCUCCAGUGCCCUACAACCCAGCUCUGUGUCUCCAAGUGCCCUGACAGCUUUUCAACCCUCCUGGAUGCAUGGGGUACCAACAAAUGGGAAUAUUACAAGCAAUUCUGCAAGCCAGGCUUCGAGAUCAGCAGCAAGACAGUACUUGAAGUCAUACGAGAUGAAGACUGCCCUUCUAUGAUUGUGCCAAGCAGACCUUUUCUUCAACGGUGCUUCCCCGAUUUCAUUACGAGAAAUGGAACUUUAACUGUAGCCAACCAGACCAUCUUCAAAGACGGUGACAAUAACAAGAGAAGUGUCAACGACCUUAAAGAUGCUGCCAAGGCUGCCAACUUUGCACCCAGAGAGCUCUGGACAGAAAUUACAGGAGGUAUCGCCAGUCUGCUCAAUGUCAAUGAAGUCGGCAUUAAAAUCUUUGAAGAUUAUGCAAAUUCCUGGGACUGGAUCCUCAUAGGUCUGGUGAUUACCAUGGUGGUCAGUCUGAUCUUUAUCCUGCUGCUGCGCUACACUGCUGGGGUGCUCCUGUGGCUCAUUAUCAUUAGUGUCAUCACUGUGAUCGGCUUUGGUAUCUGGCACUGCUACUGGGAGUACAGCAAUCUGACCAGGAAGCCAGGUGCUAAUGUCACCAUCUCUGACAUCGGCUUCCAAACAGACUUCAGCAUUUACCUUCAGCUCAGCCAAACGUGGCUCAUCUUCAUGAUCUCACUUUCUGUGAUUGAGGCCGUUGUUGUGAUUAUACUGAUAUUUCUGAGGAGGAGGCUGCGCAUCGCUAUUGCAUUAAUGAAGGAGGGAAGCAAGGCCAUCAGCUACGUCAUGUCCACUCUCUUUUACCCCAUCAUCACCUUUCUCCUCCUGGCCAUCUGCAUCGCUUACUGGGCCGUCACAGCAGUCUUCUUAGCAUCAUCUGGUAAUGCAGUCUACAAGGUCACACCUGCUGACGAUAAAUGCAUGUAUGCCAACCUCACAUGCAGCCCAAACACCUUCAGUGAGACCAAUAUUACCAAAGUGUGCCCCGGAGCCCAAUGCAUGUUUGCCUUCUACGGUGGGGAGACCAUGUACCACCGCUACAUCCUGGUGCUCCACCUGUGUAACCUGUUCAUGUUCCUCUGGCUGGUCAACUUCACCAUCGCUCUGGGACAGUGCACCCUGGCCGGGGCCUUCGCGUCCUACUAUUGGGCCCUGAAGAAGCCCGACAACAUCCCAGUGAGCCCCCUCUACUCCUCCUUCAGCCGAGCCAUACGCUAUCACACAGGUUCUCUUGCCUUCGGUUCUCUGAUCCUCGCUGUGGUGCAGAUGAUCCGGAUAGUUCUCGAGUAUGUGCAUACCAGACUGAAAGGUUCUGAAAACUCAUGUGCUCGAUUCCUGCUUUGCUGUCUCAAAUGCUGCUUCUGGUGCCUGGAGGACUUCAUCAAGUUCAUGAACAGAAAUGCAUACAUCAUGAUAGCAAUAUAUGGAAAGAACUUCUGCACCUCUUCCAAGGAUGCUUUCUUCCUUUUGAUGAGGAACAUUAUUCGGGUGGCUGUCCUGGACAAUGUGACAGACUUUCUGCUUUUCUUGGGAAAACUGCUUAUUUCAGGAAGUGUUGGUGUUCUUGCAUUUUUCUUCUUCACACGUAAAAUACCAGUCAUUCAAGAGGAGGUGCCAUCCCUAAAUUACUACUGGGUCCCCCUUGUGACGGUGAUAUUUGGAUCCUACAUGAUUGCGCAUGGAUUUUUUAAUGUCUAUGCCAUGUGCGUGGACACGUUGUUCCUGUGCUUUUUGUGGGAUCUGGAGGCGCACGACGGCUCUCCUCUCCGGCCCUACUACAUGACCAAAUCCCUGAAGAAAAUCCUCAAGAAGAAAAACGUAGAGACGCCGAGAGAAUGAAGUAGAGAAAAUAAAAAGGUGGGGGAAGGAGAAAAGCUCAAGUUCAUUCGCCAAAGCAUGGUACAAGCCCAUGUGGCAAUAAUGACUUUGCCAAAUAUAAUUUAAGUGUUCACAAGUUGCAGCCGUACACUCUAAUUAAAAAAAUGUUGCAACUGUAAUAAUUAGAUCCAAUCACAUGCUCCUAAAGUAUGAUGAGUAAUGUGUUUUGAUAUUUAACUUCAAAAGUCAGUUUGUUGUUUUUAUAUUCAACGGUGUACAAGCAACACCAAGUUCUUGUAAAUAUUUAUAUUUUUUAUUUUAUAGUUUUAACUGAUGUAUAUAUGGGUGUGUUUGUUACAGCCACAGUCAUACUUCACAUAAGUUCCUAUUGGAAUGAGUGAUUUCUUUCUUUAUUGAGAUUGUGCUAAACAUCAGCAGUUUUUGUUCGUAUAACUCUUGUAGUUGCCGGUUCCCACCACUGGAUGGCGCCACUCAUUAACGUGUGUUAUGUAUACUGUUGUUGUGGUGUUGAUGUGCUGGUGAUUGAACUCGUUUUUCCAUGAAAUGGUUAGACGUCAGCUCGUCUAUGUAUUGUGUUAUCACAUGUUUUUUUACCUCAAUUUGUCUCACAUUGAGAAUCAGAUAAGUGUCCACUGUUUUCAUCUUUAACUGUCAAGGACAUAAUGGCAGAGCAUUUCAAAGUGCUUCACGCUUUAAGGGCCUUUUUUGUAGAAUUGCCACAUUGAGUGUCUAAUUGCAUCUUGCAGCUACAUUAAUUUUAUUUUAAGAUGCUUUCCUGACAUUCAUAAAAGAACGUGUUAGAGUGAUAGUCAGCAGCAGUUGGAUGUAGGAAUAAAAGGUGAAGUAGAAGGAUAUGCUGCAGCGUGUGUCAGACCAGUCUACAACGCAGAACCUUACACGUGUUCUUAGAUGUUUAACAUGUCUAUUUGUGGGACGCAACCAAAAUUGUCUCGUCUUAAAGAGUCCCUAAUUUUUUUAAAUGCUUUAAAAAGUGUCAUACUCACAAUGCACACCAAUAUUACUAAUUUUCAACAGCAUAAAACAUAAACCUGCAGUUGAACCCACUUCUCUGAUGAAGCAAGAAGCUUCAAACUUUGCUUCCAUCAAAAAAGAUCUAGGUAGAGUAUCCCCUUGAUUAUAGAACAAAACAUAAUACCAACAUUUCUUGAUGGAGUUAUGAACUUCAUUGUACAGUGUUGAAUCCUUUUGUUUCUAUGGGUGCUCUGUUGGUCCAAAUUGGAGCUUACCUCAAAUAGUAUUAGUGAGUUCAAUUGAGGCAGUAGUCAGGCAGAACUUCUUUUUUUUUUUAAAGAUGGUUUUAAAAGACAACUUGCCCUAUAUUUUACAUUGGCUGCUUUCUGAAGUAUAAGCACAUCUCUGGCAUUAGAAGCAUGCUGAUGUCAGGUCAGUUUGCAUGACUGUUUGUAACACUGGUGCGCCAGUAAUGUGGAAGAUACAGUCUGUUUUGAUAAGAUUCUAAGUAAAGCUUGAAUAUGUUGUAUGUUAAAUGAGUUAUUGGCAGGUUUGGGUGUCACCAGGUUGUGACUGAAAUACACAAGUGACACAGCUUUUGGCAGUUUCACACACAUCCAACUUAUGGUGAGGUUUUCUACAUUAAUGUGAUGCUCACCUUUAGAUCUUUGAGAUGAGACUCAUGAGUCUUUGUACCGUGUUUGUCAAAUGUGGAAACCUGCUCUCAUGGUGCCUCAGAGUGACAGCGCCAGGCUCACACACCCUGUGCCGCCGUUUAGCUGAACACGCUGGGACACGUACAAUGUAACAAUUCAGUAAAAGCAAAACAACUGUGCUUCAGUGUCUGAAAGGAGAGAAACGAUUCCUGUGGUGCUCAGUGUGCCAUAUAACGUCUGCCUUUAUUCCUUUUUAUACUGAAAAACUUGUAUUCCUCCAGUUGAAUUGUGGAUCUUUACAUCAUGCAACAGGUCGGGUUUCAUUCCCAUGAGGGUGGAUACCUAAGAUCUGAUAACAGAAGUAAAAGCUGCUUUUAUAUGCCUCCCCCCUUCCAUGUCUGAAAAUUGGAUUCUUUUGGUCAACCACAGUCAACAAGUAGACACAAGUGCAGCUCCUCUCCUCAUUACGUGCGUCACUUUUCUAACCGCAAACUCUUAAAAGUCAAACUCUAAAGAUGCAGUGCUCAAACCUGUCAAUACUGCAAAUGGUGUUAUUUAUUGUGGCUCCUUUGUGCACAAAGCUGACAGUAUAAGUGCCUCUGUUUUAUAUUUAUUUAUAACGUUACGGUUGCAUGUGUUUUUUUUAACAGAUUAUAUUACAUCAAAUAUAAAUGUUUCUGUUUUUAUCAAUAAAUAGUAUUUCUACUAUG